AUGCCAGUUGCAAUGGAGUCCUUGGAUCAGGAGCCCUUUCGUCUGGCAAUGGGCCGAGCUGCCUGGUGGAUACCCAAUCCCGGAAGGGCAGCACCCAACCACACCACUCAACAUCCCAACCACUUACCUGGAACUUCCGCGGAGGAUACGCGAAAAUUGUCAUUUGCCGCCGCUUUAAAGGAUUUGCUACAGAACCUGUCGUUUCAUUGUUACAGCAAAUUAGUGGAGCCUGGUCGGCGGAUUAAAGAGCGUUUCUUCUGGUUCAUUUUCCACAUAACCGCUUUGAGCGUUCUAAUUGCAUUCCUCUGGGGCACCUACACCAACGAACGGGAGGCCUUGGUGACCACUAUGUACCACCCGAUGUAUCCUAUUUGGAAGGUGGAGUUUCCGGCGAUAUCUGUUUGCAGCUUGAACCGCAUAUCGCAACGUGCGGCCUGGCAAUAUGCCCACGAACUUAGUGGCAAAGAUCCAAAGCAUCGCAAUGCCAGUCAUUUCUACGACCAACUGAAGGCCUUUAUGUACAUGUAUUACGAUCCCACGGAUCUGGCGGAUAUAGAUAAUGCCCUUCGCUUUCAGAGCUUCUUGGACAAGUUUGACACGGGUGAAGAGGACCUCUUUUUCAAUACCAGAAAGCGCAUGCACUUUCUCACACCGAACUGUAGUGAUAUGUUUGUAAGCUGCAGAAUUGCCGGGCGACUCUUCGACUGCAUGGACAAGUUUGAGACAACCCUGACCAGUCACGGUUACUGUUGCACUUUUAAUUAUGAUGGGAGAUAUGUCAAUAAGAGGGACUUUAGGCAGCGAUACUUUGGCCCCGACAUGGGAUUGGUUUUGACUCUUAAAUCGGAUCCCAGAGACAACUUCUACAAGAUAAAUGGUCACAAUGGCUAUCCGGAUCCCUAUUCCGGGGGCGUGGCAGAACGCGUGGCCGAAACGGGCUUUAACACCUUGCUUCCAGUACGAGCCAAGAUAUUUGAAACUCCUGAAGCGCGAAGUAUGAGCCCAUCCGUGCGCAAGUGCCUGUUUGAGAAUGAGAUGCCGUGGAUCUUUGCCCGUCAUUAUACCUUCAGUAAGUGCAUUUCGGCUUGCAGGGCGCAGAGUGUCGUCAGUUUGUGCGAGUGCGUUCCGUUCAGCCUGCCCCACAGAUAUAUCGAUGGGAACGCGAAGAGGAUCUACUGCACACUGCAGCACCUGGCUUGCCUCAAGCGCUACGAGUUCAAGUGGUUGAACGUCAUCACCAGUCGCGAGAAUGUGACGGGUCUGGAGCACGAGCUGCAGGACGCCCUCUACUGCCCGCUCUGCCUGGCCUCCUGCACGGAGACCCGGUACAGUGUCCGUGGAGCCAUGACUCUGGGCCUGCCCACUCCCAAUCCGACCAAGGGUCCAGCGCGAAGCAAUCCCGGACCACGUGCCAAUAACAGUUACGGCCCAAGACUGAGUCCCGGAUCCGGAAAGGUCCCCGUGCACAGCUCAUCCUCCCCCGCCGAACUGGCCGUGGUUCGUAUUUAUUUUGCCGAAACGCACAUUCAAUACUUUCGCCAGAUUAUUAAGUGCGCCUGGUACGAGACCUUCAGUACAAUUGGCAACAUCUGCGGCAUUAUAGCCGGUUUCUCGCUGAUUGGCAUCUGCGAGCUGUUGUUUUUUCUAGCCAAACAAUUAUGGCAGGCCUGCCGCGCGGAACUUCGGGCCGAUCUCACCCACAUCCACGUCCAAAUCCGGACGCAGGUAGCGGAACCGGAAGCGGAGCGGCCGAUGAAGUUGUUUAUUUUGCCGUAA